CAGUACACAUGCAGAGAUUGGGAGAUACGCACUUUUCCAUAUACAUUUCUUUUACAGAAUAAUUAUGCCUCGCCGGGUGGAUAAAAUAUUUGAGGCAUUGAGGAAUGCCGAAAAUAGUAUCCAAGAAUGUAUGGAUAAUGAAAGUGAUGAUCCAGCUACAGUUAUACAAGAGGCUGAAAUAAUAUUUGCAGAGGGGGAAGGAUAUUUGGAGACCGACUUUCAAGAACUACUCUCUGAAACAACUGUCCAUCCCUCUACAUCUGCCAUCUCCAAAGAACCUCCAAUUUUUAAUGAACUCGAUAAUAGGAAUGCUCGUGAUGGAAACAUGGAGACUAACGAUGAAGAUAGCAAUACAUUCGAAGUCAGAAAUGAAGAAGCAUGUUAUGAAAGUACAGUUAAUUCAAGAGAAAGCAGCAAUGAUUCGGAUUUUUAGCUUAAUUCGGAAGAUUCUGAUAGUUCUGAAUCGCCUGAAAAUAUUCCGAAUAUACUGAGUGAUAUAACAAAUGAGAAUGAAACUCAGGAUAUAUGUAUAAAAAAACGGUCUUCAAAACACGAAGUAGAUAAGAACACCUGGGAUAAAAAUAAAAACAGUUCGAAUAGAGAAAAAGGAAAAUCCUAUAAAGGAAAGAAAAAGGAGAAUGGAAAAUGGAGAUACGACUUAAUGAAAGAACCUAGAUCAAUGAAGGGGAGUUGCAACUGUAAGUUGAGUCAGAAUGGAAAAUCCGCCCUAAUGUGCUCUAAAAUUACCGAAACUGAAAGAAGAAAAAUAUUUGAAGACUUCUGGAAAUGCACAUGGUCAGAAAAAAAGAUGUUCGUGA